AUGCUGGCGGUUGCCAAUGGACAAUUCGAGUGCCUUAAUUACGCACACGACCGGGGUUGUCUAUGGGACGAGUCGGUGUGUGAGUACGCCGCGGCCAACGGCCACUUGGAGUGCCUGAGAUACGCCCGGGAACAGGGUUGUCCAUGGGACUUGUACGCUUGUGAAAAAGCGGCCAAAAAUGGGCAACUUGAGUGCUUGGCGUACCUCCAUGACAACGGGUGUCCUUUUGACGAGUCCACUUGUGACGCGGCCGCGGCAGGUUGGCACAUCGACGUACUGUGGUAUGCGUACGAACAUGACUGUCCCUGGGACUCGGCCACAUGUCGGGAAUCCGCGGCAAACGGCCACCUAACUAAUCUAACCUAA